UCCUUGCAGCUUCAUAAAUUAAGGAUUUGUGAAACAUAUUUAAUCAGGCAGCAUUUUGGUCUACUACGACAAACUAUUUACAUGCGCGUACGUUCUUUUUUAAAGUCAGCUAUAGCUCUCUGUGAAAAUAUUGGAUGCCAAUGCUUAUGAGUUCGAGUAAAUACUAUACACAGUAUUGUCAUGCGAAUUGGUUUAUAUUUUACAAUGGUUUUAUCUGUCGUCUUUUUGGUGACGCUGUAUUAGUUAAGUCAUGGUAACGUUACAUUAUCUUAGCCGUCUCGCAAGUAGUCAUGGAUGCUGGCGGUCGUUUAACAAGGAGGUCAAUAUAAACUCUGAUAGCCUCUUCUACAAUGGUAGUCGAGGUAGAAAGCUUCUUUGGCGUGUACAUGCUGUACUGCAUCAAUCCUAAAUUCAAAGGGCGUAUCUACAUUGGAUUCACUGUGAACCCUGAGCGCCGCAUCCGACAGCACAACGCUGGACGGGACAAAGGGGGAGCCAAGAGGACCAGCGGAAGAGGACCAUGGGAGAUGGUCCUCAUUAUACAUGGGUUUCCCUCUGAUAUUGCUGCACUGAGGUUUGAGUGGGCAUGGCAGCACCCUCACCUCUCCAGGAGACUGUCCCACAUUUCACGGCGCUCCAAGAAAGAGUCCAGUCUGCAGUUCCACUGGCGCAUUGUCUCCAACAUGCUGCGGGUGGGACCCUGGAACAGACUGCCACUGACAGCCCGCUGGCUCAAACAGGAUUACAGGAUAGACUUUGAUCCCAGUCUGCAGCCCCCCCUACACAUCCCCAUUGCUUUUGGCAGUGUGAGAGCCAAGAAGAUGCUGCCGCUGCACUCUUCAGGAGGGGAGGAGGCCCCCUGCAGGUGAUGGAGGAGACAUCAUGAUUUGGGCCUACUUUGCCGUUCUUUUCUUCAGGUAUCAGAUAAGCUGAGCUGUUUCCACCCAUACUGUGCAAUGAGCAGUCAUGUGAUCUGCCUCGCUAAACAUUUUCUGAAGUCGGAGCCAUCCCACCUCCUGCCUGUGGAAGGAGAAUGUCCAUCCUGUCAUCGGUCAGUGCUGUGGGGGACCCUCAUUCGUCAUAAACAUGGCUGCUUUGGCGACCUGGACGAGAUAACAGCAUCUGCAUCCCAAAAUCACUGGGCAGAUGAACUGCAGAUCUGAAAGGAAGGAGUCUGCAAAAGUGACUCUUUCUUAAUGAACUGUGGUGCUGCAUGAUACUGUCAGGAUUAUGUGGAUUAUGUGUAAUGAAACGUGCAUUUUCAAACUGAGCACAAAUGAACAGUAACUUCAACAAAGCUGUCCAGCAGAGAUCUGUACAGGUCGCACAUCUCUACUGCUCUACUUAACCUUGUCUGCUUAAUUAUAUGUGUUUAAUGUAUUAAAUAUAUGUGAAAACAUCAAUAUUUUGAUGCUAAUACUUUUGUAUUUAAGUAACAUUUUGAAUGCAGGACUUUUACUUGUAACAGAGUAUUUUAGUGUUGCUACUUCUACUUAAGGAUCUGAGUACUGCUUCCACCACUCUCAUAGAUACACACUAAACAGUACUCAGUCAAAACAAAGUCGCAUUCACUGCAAAUCCCAUAUUUAUUUGUGCUCUGGUUGGGAAUACUGCUGAAGUAGAUUCAGAUAUUUUCUUAAAAUAUCCUUUUUUGUUAUUUAUUAGUUAAAAACACCAAAGUCCAAUUUGUAGAAACAUAAACCUCUGUCAUUUUUAAAUGUGAUGACUGUUGAUCAGACUAAAGAUUGCAACAAAAGGUAGCACAGACAUGUACAAAACACCUUCUUUUGGGCAUAUUUCUAGACAACUUGGGUCAGUAAAGCUGUUGGAACAAAUACCACCCUUCAUGGGUAGGACGGCUAACAUGGAGCUUCUUCAUGUCUUGAUAGGCUCCAUUGAUUUGGCAGCUUGCAUAAAAUUCUAAACAUUGCUUUUGAUUGGUUCUUUUGAUUGACUUUUUACCAGCUUUCAUCUGCCAAUCAAAUCAUUGCACUCUAAGCUCUAUAAGUAACCUGAGUCUGCCAUGUCUGUCUGCGACCAGCCAACAAUGCCGUGGCUGAGGCCAUGUCAAUAUUAGUCUAUUAAUUUUCACAGCAGUGUAUAAAGUGUGUGUGUGUGUGUGUGACAGUCUUGUCAUACAGUCUGACAUGCUGGAACCACGCUCUUUAAACCCACUGUAUUUGUCACAAA